AUGGCUCUUCGUUGGGGCAUUGCUUCGGCUGGUCGGAUAUCCCACGACUUUAUGGUUGGUCUGAAGGCUCUGCCAGAGACAGAGCACAAGACUGUGGCCGUGGCUGCUCGUUCAUUGCAGUCAGCCACUGAGUUUGCCCAGACUCAUGACAUUCCCACUGCCUAUGGGUCCUACGAGGAGCUAGCAGGGGACCCUCAGGUAGAUGUUGUAUACAUUGGUAACAUCACAGCUUGUCAUAAAGACACUGUCCUUCUGAUGCUGAACAAUGGUAAACCGGUCCUGUGUGAGAAGUCCCUCACUGCCUCCCCUCAAGACACGGCUACUCUCAUUAAAACAGCCAAAGAGAAAAAUCUCUUUCUUAUGGAGGCGGUGUGGACGAGAUGUUUCCCUGCAAUUAUUCAGUUGCGAAAACAGAUUGCAUCAGGGGUCAUCGGUGAGGUCAAGUACGUCCAAGCCAAUCUCGGAUUUCGUAACCCCAAACUUCCUGGUCACAUGACAGACCCGAAACUCAAGGGGAGUAAUAUACUUGAAGUGGGUGUUUACCCAAUCAACUUUGCUACCAUGGUUUUUGGUGAACGUCCAGAGAGCAUUGAGACUAAAGGCUGGCUCACCGACAGUGGGGUGGACGAAUUUGCUGCCAUAACGCUCAAGUAUUCCGGUGAGAGGGUCGCUCAGUUGACAUGCUCGUUCAAUCUCAACCUGCCGGGAGAGGCCUAUGUUAUCGGUACAGAAGGAACUCUUAAACUGCCACAGACCUUUUGGUGUCCUUCCAAACUAGAAACACCAUCGGGUGUGCUGGAGUUUCCUCUACCGACGCCAUGCCGACCUACUGUGUUCGUCAAUAGUGUUGGAUUGUGCUACGAAGCAGAGGAGGUCAGAAAAUGUAUAAGUCAAGGAAAGCUCGAGAGUGAAGCUAUGCCUUUGGAACAUUCCCAAAUUGUGUCUGAAAUUGCUAAAACUGUUAUUGAGCAACUAGGUUCCUGUAUCUAUAAUAAUUAAAAUCUCUACACUAAUUUUAUACUUAAUUUUAUGUAGAUUUCUAUAAUUAAAAUCUCGUAAUAUUUCUAGUUUACACAAAUUUUAUCCCGUGAA